CCCACACAACCUCUAAAUCAUUCAAACCAAAAAAAAUCAGUGUGUUCUGAACACCAAUAAAAAAACAAUGGCGUGCUUAAAACGCGCAAGUAAACAGUGAAAAGCAAGGAGGCUUCAUGGACCCAAGAAUCUCUUUCUCAAAUGAUUUUAUUGAUUCAAAUCACCAUGACAACACUUACACAGAAGCUCCUGUGUCUUCUGAUUUCGAGUUUUCGAUUCCCACUUUUUCAUCAAAUUCUGCAGAUGAAGUCUUCUUCAAAGGAAAACUUCCACCAUUGAAGGAGAAGGUGGUGACACUCAGAGAUGAGCUGCUUGCUAAUGAUGAUGAUGACAUGUUCAUCAACAAUAAGAUCUCAACAGGAUGGUGGAGAGAGAAGUUUGGACUUCGAAAAAGCCAAAAUGGGAAAAGUGACAACAAGAAUCUUGGAGGGUUAGAAACCAUUGAUGAAGCAAAGAUCAAACCGGCUUUUUACAGUCACAAUUCCACAGGAAGCAAUCGGCGUAAAUGAACUAAUCAGGAGUGAUUUUUUAAGGGUUCAUGCAUUUUAUCACUACUGCAGCUUCUUCUCUUCGAACGGGUUUCUAUUCAUUUGUUUUCAUGUAACUUUGAAUCAAGGCUAUAACAGAUUCAUGCUAAAACAGGUGUUUUUUUACGGGUCAAAAGGAUAUGAGUCAUGUUAGGCCAACGUUUCAACAACUUUUGUGCAUACUAUUUCUUUUAUACAUAGACAUUUUGUAAUAUUUGAUGUAUUGUUAAUGACUAACGAAAACAUAUUAUCAAAGGUACGACAUAGGAUUUCUUUUUAAUAAAACGAUAACAUUCAAAUA